AUGGAGAACUUUCUGCGCAAGGCGCGCGAGAGAAUUCAGCGCAAAUUGGAGGAUACAAAGACGGGAUCCAAGUACUUUGCGCAGACGCGCCGCGGCGAAACUGCAGAGCUGCAGAAUGACCUCAACGGCACCGACAGCUAUCGCAAAAAGGCCGCGGUGAAGCGCAUCAUCGCCAACAUGACGAUGGGGCGCGACGUGAGCUACCUCUUUGUCGACGUCGUGAAGCUGACUCCAUCGACAGAUCUGGAGCUCAAGAAGCUGGUCUAUUUGUAUGUGCUCAGCACGGCGCGCCUGCAGCCGGAGAAGGCGUUGCUGGCCGUCAACACGUUCUUGCAGGACACCACGAGCAGCUCCCCCGUUGUGCGGGCGCUUGCGGUGCGGACGAUGAUGUGCAUCCGGGUGUCCUCGGUGCUCGAAUACACGCUGGAGCCUCUGCGCCGCGCCGUGGCAGAUCCGGACCCGUACGUGCGCAAGACUGCCGCCAUGGGCCUCGGCAAGCUGUUUCACAAUGACAUGAACCUCUUUUACCAGCAGGACUUCAAGAAGGACUUAGUGGAGCUGCUCAACGACAACAACCCAAUCGUCGCAUCCAACGCCGCAGCAAUCGUGUGCGAGGUGAACGACUACGGCAGCGAGAAGAUUGAGAGUAGCAACGAAUGGGUGAAUCGACUUGUCUACCACCUGCCAGAGUGCAAUGAAUGGGGGCAACAGUACAUCCUUGACCUACUGGCGGCCCAGCGUCCUAGCGACAAGGAGAGCGCCGAGACUCUGCUGACACGCGUUCUGCCGCGGAUGAGCCACCAGAACCCGGCGGUGGUGAUGGGGGCGAUCAAGGUAGUUGCCAACCUGGCGAGUCGGUGCUCGCAGGAGCUGAUUGAGCGCUGCACUGUGCGCGUCAACACCGCCCUCCUAACGCUGGCGAAGCGCGAUGCUGAGACACAGUACAUUGUCUGCAAGAAUAUUCACGCACUGCUGGUUAUCUUUCCGAAUCUGCUGCGCGCCAACCUAGAUGCCUUCUACGUGCGCUACAGUGACCCACCGUUCGUUAAGUUGGAGAAGCUGCGCCUCCUGUUGAAGCUUGCCACGCCGUCCGUGGCGCCAGAGAUCGUCAAGGAGUUCGCCGAGUACGCCUCGGGGGUGGACAUGGUGUUUGUAGUCGAGGUGGUGCAUGCCAUCGCCUCGCUCGCCAUCAAGGUAGAUUCCAUGGCGCCUGACUGCGCAAACCUUCUCAUGCAGCUAGUGGAUCGGCGGCCAGAGCUGCUGCCUCAUGUGGUGACAGCCGCAAAGGAUAUUGUGCGCAAGUACCCAGAACUACUCAUGUUGGAUGCAUUAGUGACCGACUACGGCGCUGACGAGGUCGUAGAGGAGGAGGCGAAGGUGUCGCUGCUGUGGAUGCUGGGCGAGUACUGCGACUUUAUCGAAAACGGCAAGGACAUUAUUCAGCGCUUUAUCGACACCAUUAUGGAGCACGAGCAGCGCGUGCAGCUCGCAAUCCUGAGCGCGGCGGUGAAGAUGUUUCUACGAGACCCGAAGACGAUGGAGCCGCAGCUGAAUCGCGUGCUGGAAAUCGUGACGACGCACAGCGACGACGCCGAUCUGCGUGACCGCGCCUUUGCCUACUGGCGUCUGCUCUCCAAGGGUAUCACUGUGGAGCAGAUGAAAAAGGUGGUACAUGGGCAAAUGGUGCCUGUGAACAUCGACCACACCUUCAGCGAUGCCAUGACCAUGGCGGACCUAAAGAAGUCCCUCAACACUGCCGCCAUUGUGUUCGCUCGCCCGUACCAGUCGUUUCUCCCUCCCUACGGGCUGACCGAAGUGGAACUGGACGAGGACGACACAGAAGACGACGGUGUGGUGGAGCUGCAACCGGCAGAGUCGAUGGAAACUCAGGAUGUGGCACCAGCGCCCGACGCUGCAGGGGCAGAGUACGAUAUAUUUGAGUUCUCAGGCGAUGGGACCGGGGCGCCUCACCCAGUGGCGAGUGGCAGCAACGGCGGUCAGCAUGCAGAUCCUUUUGGUGACCUGUUCAGCGCCUCGCCUUCCACCGUCGAGGCCUCCUCGCCAGCCUUUCAGGCCGCGUCAGGGUCGCAGGCGCCAGCAUCACCGCCAAACACAGCGAGUGCCAUCGAGGACUUGUUUGGAAACGGUAUGGGAAGCGGAAGCCAAACAGCUCCAGCGCCAAUCUUUGCCGCGCCGCAGUCCGCCGGUAGAGGCACGCAGCUGAAAGAUCUUUUUUCCUAA